CCCUCUUAACCUCAGAAGAAAAACAAAGAGUGUUCCUAGAGGCCAGAAAGCAUGUUCUGGGAGAUGAUGGGCGUCCCACCCAGCUGCCUGAGGAAAUUGAUGCUGCAUUCCCACUUAAGAGACCAAACUGGGAUUUUAAUACAGCCGAAGAAGUACAUGGAACCAGGCUGGACCUAUCGGACCAGCCUCUUCAGAAUGCUGACCACACAUGGUACACAGAUGACAACAGCUUCUUGGCAGAGGGAGAGCGAAAGGCUGGAGCUGCGGUCACUACGGAGGACAAAGUGAUUUGGGCGAAAGCCCUGCCUGCUGGUACCUCCGCACAACGGGCUAAACUCAUCGCCUUGACUCAGGCGUUCAAGAUGACAAAAGGUAUAUAUGGAUACAAGUAUCUCCUAGUGUUUGUAGACACCUUCUCAAGAUGGGUCGAAGCCUUCCCCACAAAACACGAGACUACAAAAAUGGUCACCAAGAAGCUCCUCGAAGAAAUCUUUCCCAGGUAUGACAUGCCUCAAGCGUUGGGGUCGGACAACGGGCCCGCUUUCGUCUCCCAAGUAAGUCAGUUGGUGGCCAAAUUGCUGGGGAUUGAUUGGAAAUUACAUUGUGCCUAUAGACCCCAGAGUUCAGGUCAGGUAGAACACAUAAAUAGAACAAUUAAGGAGACUUUAUCCAAACUUACGCUUACAACUGGCUCAAAGGAUUGGGUGGCCCUCCUUCCCCUAGUUCUAUAUCGGGCCCGGAAUACCCCGGGCCCCCAUGGUCUAACUCCUUUUAAAAUAAUAUAUAGAACACCACCCCCAUUUGUCCAUUUCUUUGAUUCAAACAUUGCUGAUUUUGCUGACAGCCCUUCUCUGAGGGCCCAUUUACAGGCCCUACAGAUUGUACAGAGAGACGUCUGGAGACCUUUGGCCGCUGCUUACCAGGACAAGCUUGAACAUCCGGUGGUGCCACACCUGUUCCAGAUUAGAGACACCGUGUGGGUACACAGACACCAGACCAAGAAUCUCGAGCCACGGUGAAAAGGACCCUACACCGUCCUCCUGACUACCCCGACCGCCCUAAAGGUAGACGGAGUCUCGGCUUAGAUCCACACACCACACGUCAAGGCAGUCCGGUCUGAGGAAUUGACUAAUCACAACACUACACCCCAGACAUGGAGAGUUCAGCGCACUCCAAACCUUAAAGUUAAAACUCCUACGUGGCUCCUCCUAGUCCUUUUGUGGCCUAGAGUCAGUGGGGGAAUAAGCCCCCACCAGACAAAAAUUUCUUGACCAAGUCGAGUGAAAGAUUUCACUCAAAGUUAACAAAAAAAUGGGGGAAUGAAAGACCCCAGCUUAGCAGCAGUAACGCCAUUUUGCAAGGCUGUACUUAAGAUGACUGGUUCAGAGAAAGGUUAGAACACUGAGUACACAGCGGCUGCCAAACAAGAUGUGUUUGGUUGAAGGCCUGACAACAAGAGGACUGCCGUUGAACACCUGACAAUGAGAAAAGCCCCGGGAGAGGUCCCACACCCUGGUGGGGGGCCAAGUCAGCCGUUAUGUUCCAAGAAGGUAGCUAAGAAACUUGCCCCCGGGCUGAACCCUUGGGGGGCCGAGUCAGUCCUUAUGUUUCAGGAAGGUAGCUAGGAAACUUGCCCCCGGGCUAAACCCUUGCCAUAUUAGAAUCCACCAAUUAUAUCCCUGUAACCAUGCAUCUGCUUCUGUAUGCUUGCUUCUGCUCCCCAAAAUCCUAUAAAAGCCCAUCCUUGGUUCCGUGGGGCGCGCCAGUCCCCCGAGUGACUGAAGCGCCCACAGGUGCCUGUGCCUGUGUAUCCCGACAAUAAACCAAAUCCUCUUGCUGAUUACA